UAUGGACUGUCUUAUGCAAAUUCAUUAUUUCCAAGAGAACGAGGCCUUCAUUUAGACCGACGGUUAAACCAAAAUAGCGUCUUCAGACAUCCAGGACAUUCACAGUCUGAUCAAAGACUUGUAGGCUUUGUACCAAACAUUGUUCAAAACCGUAUUGAAUUCAAACAGCCUGAAGUUGCAUGGAGACCUUCUUCAGCAUUGGUAGGAUCAUCAGUGCAACAACAACCUCAAAGAACCAAUUAUGUACAGAUGCCAGUUCAUGUUGGCAAGCCUUUUCAAAGUCAAGAGCUAGUAAUACAACCUCAGCAGUGGUUGGAGAGUUUUUCAGAAAACCAAAAGGUCAUUCCAGGUCCAAAUCUCUAUCCGGUUUUGACGGAGGAGGUGGUUAUGGAGCCAGUGUUUCAACCUGAAGUGCCAGUGCCAGCCAACUCUGUGGAGGCUCGAUGCGAAGAGGCUUCUGUCAAAAUCCAUGUCCAGCAAAACUUCUUUGGAAGCGGUCAGCUGAUUGAACCCUCAGAUCUGACGCUGGGUGGAUGUCCUUUUGUUGGGUUUGAUGAUCGUGUUAGGAUAAUUGCCUUUGAAUCUGCGCUUGAAGGAUGUGGGAGCUUGCUAACGAUGACUGAUGAUUCACUCGUUUACGCUUUUGCAUUAGUGUAUUCACCUUCACCUGUCCCUAACACACCAGUUGACAGGACCAAUGAAGCUACGGUUCCAAUUUAUUGCAUCUACCCAAGGAAACACAACGUCAGCAGUAACGCGCUGCUUCCCAAUUGGACCCCUUAUUCAGCAGUUGGAGCUGGUGAAGAGCAUCUGCAGUUCUCCCUCAGACUCAUGACUGAUGACUGGCAGUACGAACGUCCCUCUAACACCUUCUUUAUGGGAGAUCUGAUAAACGUGGAAGCCUCCAUCAUCCGUGCCAAUCACGCUCCUCUUCGUGUGUUUGUUGAAAGCUGCGUAGCUUCUUUGGGUCCCAUUGGUGAAGCCAAUAUAGCCUACAUGUUUAUCCAAAACCAUGGGUGCAUGGUGGAUGCCAGAAUGACCCAUUCCAGAUCCAGAUUCAUGUCCAGGAUACAAGACGACAAGUUACGUUUUCAGAUAGAGUCCUUUAGAUUUCAGCAAGAUUCCAGUGGGUUGAUCUACAUCACUUGUCAUUUGAAAGCUACUACAACAUUCAGUCCUGUUGAUAUGAUGCAUAAAGCCUGCUCCUUUGCUACAGAAACGCAGAGUUGGAUUGCUGCAGACGGAGACAAUCAGGUGUGUGGCUGCUGCGAGUCCACCUGUACAUUCAGGAAGGCCAGAAGUCUGGAUACUCGAGACUCCAUGUUCGAAGAUGAUGCUGCAAUUGGACCGAUUGUCAUCAAUAAAGUAAUUGGAGACCACUCUUUACCACAAACCGGAGAGUCUUCUGAGAUGUCGUCAAAAGAUGCUGAGUCCUCCAUGGGGUUGGCGCUCAUCACUGGUUUGGUUGCAGUUGGGAUUUUGUGCAUCAUUAUCCUCGGAGCUUUGUUUUACCAAAGGCGGCAGAAACGCCAAGCACUGACUUGCGAAUGA